AGUCAUGUGACAUGAAGAUAUGUGUAUUAACCACUUAUUGACUCGGGUUCAAUGUUUACAGUCAACAACUAGGUCAUAGAACCUGGAGAAAUUUUGACACACAUGUCAUUAGGUUUGUAGCUAAGUUAAUCGACAAAAAUGGCAGAAGAAGCAAAACCCAAAGCAAGAGUAGUGUUGAUAGCGAUGGAUGGCAGUGAUUAUGCUAAAUACGCAUAUCAAUGGUACUUGGAUCACAUUCACAAGGACGAUGAUAACAUAACAAUGCUAUACUCUGCAGAGUUUACACAUAACGCCCAGUUAACAUCUUGGAUGUAUGCACCAUAUGCCUUCGACAGGGACACACUUGCUAACUUAUUAGAUCAAGAAGCACAAACUUUAAGGCAUAAGUUAGAGGAAUAUGCUCAGAUGAUGAGAGAAACAAAGGUGCAUGGUACGGUCAAGAGUAUCCAUGCCGAGAGACCAGGAGAAGGAAUUGUAAAAGCAGCGGAGGAGGCCCAUGCUGAUCUUGUCAUUGUUGGGAGUAGAGGUCACGGUAAGGUCAGAAGAACCUUACUAGGAAGCGUUAGUGACUAUGUAUUACACCAUUCGCACGUGCCAGUUAUCGUCUGUCGUCAUAAAGAUGAUCACCAUCACCAUGGACACCAUGAUAAAGAACACACUGAAGAACACAAACACUAAUAUGAAAUAUUUUAUUAUUAUACGAAUUUACCUCUGUAGGGGUUGUGGGAAAUGGCUCAGUAUUUAAUAUAUUAAGCAAUGCGUUUUAUUACUUAACAAGAAAUCAGUCACACAAAUAUUUUGUCCAAAUCAUUGAUACUUUUUUUAAUUUCUUAUGUAAAUGCAAUAUGUAUCCGCAUGAAAACCUUUUAUUUUUAUUAAUGUCAAGCAAAAACAGUUGACAUUGUUAAGAAAAAUGAAAACUUGACAAUAAAAGUAAUAGAAUCAUUUCUUCGUUCAUUUUCAUCUGUAACUCAAGGUCAAAGGUCGGGAAAUGUACUCAUACUCCUCAUAUCCCUUUUAAAGCAAGUCCUUGGAUCCCGGUUACUAUUUCAGAACACAUAGUUACAAUUUCACUAUACAGUGGACUACAUACAUGUACAUAACUAUUGAUGCAAGAAAAGUGCUAGGUUCAUUAUAACUUCAAAUACUGCUGUUUUACAUUUUAGAAAAAAAAUGCAUACUAAAUAAUUUUACUGUGCCUUAUUUUUAAUUUGACUAUUAAAUGUCUUUAAAUUAUCUGAAGGUUCAAUAUACUAGUACCACAACAAGCUGAAGUGACCCCUUUCAGAGCAAAACUAUUUUAUUCUUAGUUAAGUAUUGUUUUAAUAAUUGGAACACUUUUUAUGGCAUAUUUGUUUAUUAAUUGGAACAUUUAUUUAUGGCAACGAAUCAUGUAUACUUUAUAAAUCAGAUCUAUCAGUUUUACUGCGUUUGAUGCUAUAAAAAAUGUGUACGUAAAACAAAAUGUAUUUUGUGUUUAUAUAUUUAUACUAGAUAUGACUUGUACUUAUGACCAAAUAUAUAAUUGCAAUGUUA